GUCAUCGGUAAGGCGCAUGCGCACAUGUCAUAUUAUCACCAUUUUUGCUUAUGGCGAACAAUCAACGGUAUUAGGUGUUUCAGAAACCAGGAAACGUUAUAAUCAUGACCGAAAAUCAGGGAAUGCAACAUCUAAUCCCAGUUGUCAACAAACUGCAAGAUGCCUUUGCUUCAUUAGGUGUUCCGUUAUCUCUUGAUUUACCACAAAUAGCUGUCGUUGGCAGUCAAAGCGCUGGAAAGAGUUCAGUUUUGGAAAAUUUUGUGGGCAAGGACUUUUUGCCUCGUGGUAGUGGAAUCGUAACUCGGAGACCUUUAAUCCUGCAGCUCAUCAAUAGUAAUACUGAAUAUGCUGAAUUUUUACACUGUAAAGGACGCAUUUUCUCGGACUUUGAUCAGGUUCGAGCUGAAAUCGAAGCUGAAACAGAUCGCAUUACAGGAACAAAUAAGGGGAUUUCAAAUGUUCCAAUUAACCUUCGUGUAUAUUCACCACACGUUCUUAAUCUUACACUCAUCGAUCUUCCGGGUCUUACGAAAGUACCUGUAGGUGAUCAACCUCACGACAUUGAACAGCAAAUUAGGAAUAUGCUUUUGGAAUUUAUUAAUCGGGAAAGUUGCUUAAUUUUGGCUGUUUCUCCAGCGAAUACUGAUCUUGCAAAUUCAGAUGCGCUGAAAAUUGCCAAAGAAGUAGACCCUCAAGGUGUUCGGACAAUCGGAGUUGUGACAAAAUUGGAUUUGAUGGAUGAAGGAACUGACGCAAGAGAUAUUCUGGAAAACAAAACACUACCGUUACGAAGGGGUUAUAUUGGAGUUGUCAAUAGAUCUCAAAAGGAUAUUGACGGACGUAAAGACAUAAAGGCAGCUCUAUCUUCUGAGCGAAAAUUCUUCUUGUCUCAUCCAGCUUAUAGACAUAUUGCUGAUAAAUUAGGAACACCUUAUUUACAGAAAACUCUCAAUCAACAAUUGACUAACCAUAUUCGGGACACACUACCUGGUCUUCGAAGCAAGUUACAAGCUCAAUUUCUAUCGAUGGAAAGAGACGUGGAAGAAUACAAGAACUUUAGUCCCAAUGAUCCGACUAUAAAAACUAAGGCCAUGAUGCAAAUGACUACAGAAUUUGGUGGUGAUUUCGAGAAGUCAAUUGAAGGAACAGGAUCCGAAAUUUCAACGAAUGAACUUUCCGGUGGAGCAAAGAUCAAUCGGAUAUUUCAUGAGAGAUUUCCUUUUGAACUGGUAAAAAUGGAGUGUGACGAGAAAGAAUUGCGCCGUGAAAUUACUUAUGCUAUUAAAAACAUCCAUGGUAUACGUACGGGUUUAUUUACACCAGAUAUGGCAUUCGAAACCAUCGUUAAGAGACAAAUCGAAAAACUAAAGGAGCCAUCCUUAAAAUGCGUUGACAUGGUAGUUUCUGAGCUAAGUAACGUCAUUCAGAGGUGUACUGACAAAAUGAAUCGUUAUCCUGUACUCCGCGAAGAGACAGAAAGAAUAGUAACCAUGAAGGUCCGAGAAUGCGAGAUGAAUACCAAGAAUCAGUUAAUCCUUAUGGUCAACAUUCAAUUAUCUUAUAUGAAUACCAAUCAUGAAGAUUUUAUUGGAUUUGCCAACGCUCAACAAAAGUCGGAAACGUCUUCAAAACGUAAACUUGGAAAUCAAGUCAUCCGAAAAGGUUGGCUCUCUCUCCAUAAUGUUUCCUUCAUAAAGGGAGGCUCGAAAGAAUUUUGGUUUGUUCUUUCUGCCGAAACUUUGGCAUGGUAUAAGGAUGAAGAAGAGAAAGAGAAGAAAUAUAUGUUACCAUUAGACAACUUAAAAGUCAGAGACAUUGAAUCGGGCUUUAUGUCUCGUUCUCAUAAAUUUGCUUUGUUUUCCACCGACACCCGUAACGUCUAUAAAGACUAUAAGCAGUUAGAAUUAGGAGCAGAGUCCCAGGAUGACGUUGAUAGCUGGAAAGCGUCUUUCCUAAGAGCUGGAGUAUAUCCUGAACGGAAUACGGAUGUAGAGAGAGAAUCUCGAGGUGAAGAAUUAGGAUCAACCGAUCCUCAACUAGAAAGACAAGUUGAAACUAUUAGAAAUCUUGUGGACAGUUAUUUAAAAAUUAUUCAUAAAACUGUUCGAGAUUUGGUCCCAAAGACUGUGAUGUACAUGAUAAUAAUGGCAUUAAAGGCAUUUAUUUCAAAGGAACUAUUAGCCCACCUUUAUUCAUCAGGAGAUCAGAAUAAUCUGAUGGAGGAAAGUCCAGAAGAAGCUCAAAAACGAGAGGAUACUCUUCGAAUGUAUCAGGCAACUAAGGAAGCGUUAAAAAUCAUUUCGGAAGUCUCGACACAAACAGUAUCGACUCCAUUGCCACCACCGGUAAAUGACGAAUGGCUGGCAAAUAGCGGAUCAAAUUCUUCACCUCAUUAUCACCAUAACCAUGAAAUUUCGAACGGUCCUGGAUCGUGGUCACAUAUGCAUAGUAAGCCUGCAGUUCCAGCAAAUAAACCUCCACACGGAAUGAACAGUCGUGGACCGCCGUCAGCUUCUACCAUGCGAAGUGCACCUGCACCCCCUUCAGCGAGACCCGCUGUAGGGGCACCUUCAAGACCAGCGCCAUCACGACCAGCUCCAAGUCCAACCCCAGUUCAGCAAGGAGGUGGUCUACCACCUCCUCUAAUACCUCAACGUCCUGUUCCUGGAGGAGCGGCGCCGCCACCAGUGCCAGGCCGACCGAGUAUGCCAUCUAGACCGCAGUAA